UGGUCGCACCACACUGUCACACAGGUUAGAGAGACGGACUGAGCUCCAUCAGCAACACCAGCCCCCAUGGACCGACUGCUGUGUGACUGUGUGAUCGCUGUGGCUGUGCUGCUGUGUGUGGCUACACAGGUGUUGUGCCAGCUGUGUGACAGGCCCUGCCUUUGCCCCAGUCCCGCCCUGCAGUGCGCCGCAGGAGUCCCACUGGUGCUGGAUGGCUGCCGGUGCUGCCAGGUGUGUGCCAGGCAGCGAGGCCAGUCCUGCACCGAGAUGUUUCCCUGCGACACCCAGAGAGGUCUGCAGUGUGAUUAUAGCGCCAGCUUUCCCGGAGACCCUGGAGAGUGUGUCAGUCAGGAGGAUCUGGGCUGUGAAGUCAACGGCAUCACUUACCACGAGGGCCAGUCGUUCCAGCCCUCCUGUGACACUUACUGCCACUGCAGGGGAGGAGGGGUGACCUGUGUGCCAGCUUGUCCCCUGACUGGACGUCUUCCCACUCCAGACUGCCCCAACCCACAACACAUCCGCCUGCCGGGGAAAUGCUGUAAGGAAUGGGUGUGUGAAAACCUCGAGAACACAGUCAUUCAGGAUGCGAUCACAGCCAUGAGAACUGACAACAGGUUGUGGCCCUCUCUCCCGAGGGAUCACCCUCUAAACAAACUGGUGCCACCUGCCUCCACCUGUAUAGAGCAGAGCACCCAGUGGAGCGCCUGUUCCCAGAGCUGUGGGGCUGGGGUCUCCACAAGGGUUUCUAACCAGAAUCCUUCCUGCAAGCUACAAAUGGAGACUCGACUUUGUAAAGUGCGGCCUUGCCAUGCAGUUCAGCCGCCGCCCAGGAAACCCACGUGGCGACAGCAGGGGCAGUGCAAGGCCAGCUACACGUCACCAGGGCCCAUUCGGCUCGUUCACCAGGGCUGCUACAGCACUCGCGCCUACAAGCUGCGGUACUGCGGACAGUGCACCGACUCUCGCUGCUGCACACCGUACCAAACCACCACUGCUGAGGUGACCUUCCGCUGCCCCUCUGGCAGACUGCUCCAGCGAGCUGUGAUGAUGAUCCACUCGUGCGUCUGUCACAACAAUUGCCCAUACUCGCCGUACAGAAACCCUGCUUUCUGGGGAUACAGGCCCUGAUCGGCCUGUAUGAGCACUGCAUGAGAACAGUCAGACUGAUUCAGGGGCUGGACAGUGGGAGAAACCUUAUGUAUCAUCAGGCGGAUCCACAUGAGCAUCCUCUAAUCAAUGGACCUUGAAGGAGAAAAUGAUCUUUGUAGAUAAAAACUAUGAUUGAGUUGGGAUGAAUGUUGAUCUUAACACAUGGACAACCUCAGUCUGCACUUACCCAUAGCUCAUGUACUCUUCUGCAUCUUGGGAUGUUUUUUUUUGGUCUUUUAGCCUUGGCCUCCAAGAGUCUAAAUCAUUUUGGCAAAUCAAACUUUAUUUACAGUAUAUAGCACUUUUUGAAACAGAAGUCAAAAAGUGCUUUACAGAGAGACAGAAGAAUCAGAGAUCAUAUAUAAUACAAGGAUAAAUGAGUGUAUAACCCACAAAGUAAAACUUAUGGGAAACAAGUGCAUUUAAAGAUCAUUUUUAAAGAUGUGCACUGAUUUUCUUCUCUGAGACUUUUACUCCCAGAUAUCAGAGAGUAAGACAACUCCUUCAAGCACAAAGGUGCCUGAUCAUGUACUGUCUCGUAUAUCACAAGUAAAAUUUAAAAAUCCUGGAAGCCAGUGGUGAGAAACUAGAACUGGUAUCAUCUGUGACACAAUUGAUUUUGUUCCAAAUUUUUAAAUCAAGUUGGAGUCUGAUCCUUCCAAUGUUCCUGAACCAAAGGACUGAACCAGUCAUAUGUAGCUCAAAAUUUAUAGUAGGAUAAGAAGUAAUCCCAAGACUUUCUUUUUUUUACUCUGGGUUAAUGGGCCAAUUAAAUCUCAGUAAUUCUGCAUAAUUGUAUCUUGGACAAGACAAAGAAUUUCUUGGAAUUCAAAUACAUUUUUUCCACCUAAAAAUAACCUAAACUAUGAAUUGAGGACAAUUGACCAUGAUCAAUUUGGUCAUAAAAAUAGUUUUAAAGAUAAAUUUCAAUGAACUUGUUUGUUUGAUAGAAAUUCCACAGAAUGAUGAAUGUUGUGUUGUUUUCUGACACAAGCAAUGCAGCUUUCAACUUGUAUAGUUUUUGUUUGUGUGUUUGUAGUCAUUGCACUUAUUUCUCCAUUUUCUGUUUUGCUGUAAAUAAUUCUGGACAGAUGUUUCUUAUGUAUAGUGAAAAAUGUCAAUAUUGAUGAUAUAGAACUGAUGAUUUUUGUGUUUUUGAUUUAUAUUUUUUCAUUUCAUUACAGUAUUCACAAGUUUAUGUUGUUAUGUUGUACAUGCUGUAGCUUUUAAUGACUUUUCCCAACAUUUCACUUCAUCAUUCCUCCAUCAUCACUCCUAACGCCUUAAAGGAAUUCCUUCACACACAAACAUUCACUUGGACUCGAAAAUGAACUGAUUAGAUUUUGGUGGUCAAAGGUCAAAGUCACUGUGACGUCACAGAACAUGUUUUGAAUGUGAUAUCUCAAGACAGCCUUGGGGGAAUUUCUUCAGGUUUGCCACAAACAUUCUCAAAGAUGAACUGAUUAGAGUUUGGUGAGCAAAGGUCAAAGUUCAAGGUGACUGUGACCUCAUGUUCUUGUGAAUGUGAUAUAUCAGGAACACCCAGAGGCAAUUUAUUUACAUCUGGCACAAACAUAAAUUGGACUCUUGGAUGAACUGAUAAGAUUUUGGUGGUCAAAGGUCAAGG